AUGAAUUUGGCGGCACCAACGGACGAUAUCGAGAUGGAGAAAAUCGCUGAAGAUGAACUGUCUAAGCUACAAAGACAGUUCAGAGUAAUGGAGAUAGACCGAGCCACGGUAAUGACGAGCGUGCAGCCUACGCUCAGGAUGCAGAAAAACAUCAUCAACUCACUUAACAGUGAUCUUGAGAAAAUCAUGUUGGAAUUAAAGUUUACAAAAAGCACUACAAACCUCCUAAAGAACUCUAAUACGCGGGAGAAACUGAUAGCUCUUCUGAAAGAGCACGAGAAGUUCGCGACAGAAGUAAAAGAACACAGAGGCACUAUCAAAGAGCUGGAUUUCUUGCUGAAACAAGUUCAGAAAGAGAUUAAAGUGUUAAGAUCUAAAGGCACGGCGCUUGAUACGGACACCAUCAAUGCCCUUAACAAUCAAAUGGUGAUCAGUCAACUGGAAAACCGCUUGGAUACGGCCAUGAAGAAGUUUAAUACUGUCAACAGCGAAAAUUACGCAGUGAGGGUGGAGAUAGACAGACUCCUUCGAGAUCGUCAAUUCUUCAACAAUCUUUGGAAGAAUCAAAUUAAACGACUCAUGGAUGGCAAGGCCAUGAUCAUCGAAUUGCUAGAGCAAGCUAUCACGACGUACGACCAACGCGAGGAGUGGUGCUCGAAGCUUGAUGCGCUCAAGGAGAAGUCAGCGAUGGACUACAGAAAACAUUGUUUGGAAGUACGCGAACUGCAACGCCAGCUGGACCACAGCAUGAAACUCGAAGAGUUUCUUCGCACUAAGGGCACUGUAAGGCUCACAGCUGCUGACGCCAAGGCGGAAGCCAAGAAACUUGAACAGCAGGAGGAAGAAAUGAGAGCGUAUAAUAAUUACGUCAAUAUAUUGGAUGCUAUAAGGGAGUUUGCCGGAGAAGAGGAUGUAGACAAGCUGAUCCAGGAGUUUACUCGUCGUGAGGAGGAGAACUAUGCUCUUUUCAACUAUAUCAACGAAGUUAACACUGAGCUUAAAAAUUUAAGCGAUAGCGUUAAAAUGCUGAAAGAUAGUAUUGAGGAAGAAAACAUCAAACAUCAGGCCAAAUUGUACAAACAGCAGGACAGUAUCGAAUCUCUCAAGAACACUCUGGAAGGAAAGAGACAAGCAAACGACAGCGCACGGAACACCUGUGAAAAAAGUUCCCAAGUGUUGGCUAAUCUACUGCAACAAAUCUAUGAUUUGGCUCUGUCUUCCGACUGCGAUUCUCUUCCCCUACUAAAAUUACUGGGGAGGCCCUUUGAAAUCAACGUCACUAACGCACGCCUCUACAUCAAGAGCUUGGAAAAGAAGAUCCUGGAAAUUAUUGAAGUUAUACGAAUGGACGAGGCCAUCCAACGUCAGUUGGAGAGCAAGGAGCGCACCCCGCCCUCGACCCGGCGCCGACGCGCGCGAGCCGCGCAGGAGGCGAGGCAGCGACUCGUGCAGGCCUAG